AUGGUCUCCGAAGUCGACGAGCGUGACGAAGAUCUGAUGAACAAGUACAAAUGUUUCGGAUUAAAUUUUACUGAACCUACUCUUAACAGCGAAGGUAUACAACGAUUUUUUAUCAAGGUCGUUAAAAAACUAACUUGUCGGAGCUCAAUCACGAAGGCACUGAACCAAGCAAUAUUCUAUGGAAUUCACUAUGAUAACAGCUCGAAUGUGCUUAUGGUUGGACUCAAUGAAAACGCAAGACUCUACUCAGAGGAAGAACUGAAGAAAGCUGCUGAAGCUUGCGAAGCUACUGCAUCAUCCAACGCUGCUAAGAGUGUGUAUGGUAGACCGUCUAAUCCCAAUCAGUCUUCGGUCGUGGAACCGCGAAGUAGCUGGCACCCUGAGAACCGCACAGAUGAAAUUCCUCAGGAACCUCUGACAGCAGACGUUCGUGAUCAAAGGCAUGUACCUACGUUAUCGUCGAAUUUAUCUGUUGGGACAGUGGAGUCCGCCGCCAUAGAUAACUCCAUGGGAACACGCAUGUUCCAACGAGAAUAUAAUGAAGACAGUAUGCCUGUAAUGGUGGAACCUUCAGCACGUUCUUCUGCACGAAAAACUGAUUUAUCCAACCACACUUUUGCACAGCAAAAAUCCGCCUAUCGAACUCCAGAUCAUCGUUCGGCUUUUGGUGUUUAUAGAGCUGCAUCGAAUUCUAAAGAGCAAGAGUCCAAUUGGGAGAAAAUCUAUGAUGCUCGUGUGCAACAUGCAGCAAGCACAUCUCAGAACUCGGCAAAAGUAAGUGAACUGUACGAACGAGGAAGAAAUGGAGGGUGGCAACGGGAGUUUGGUCGUCGCAGUUCCAGCGAGCGGUAUCAGGAGGGGCAGUGCUCAAGGCAUAACUACGCCGCUAUCGUCUUAUCUCUCUGCGUCUUUCCGAGUUUUGUAGGUACAUUGGCUAACUUGAUUUCACUCAUGAUCAUGGAUCAAAACGCUACUUUACGGGAGUCAACGUUGAGCUCUGAAGAAAGGGUUUGCUUACGCAUGAUUCGUGACUUCGCUUAUGUGUAUCGGAACCCAGCCAUUCAUGGUUUUCGUACUGUGGAAAAUGUCGUGAAUUUGUUCCCCACAAACAGCAUUGAAUACUGGGUUCGACUUAUCCAGUCUCAUCUGCAAGAAGUAGAGAUUGUUACGCUUGACAAUAUGGUAUGGUAG